CGUCGGAUCCUGCUGCGGGAGCUGCUAAGGGGAGCGGCCCAGUGGCCGCUGCUGGCCAUCAUGGAGGCCGUCCCCCGCAUGCCGAUGAUCUGGCUGGACCUGAAGGAAGCGGGUGAUUUCCACUUCCAGGCCGCCGUGAAGAAGUCUGUCUUGAAGAAUUAUGGAGAGAACCCAGAAGCUUAUAAUGAGGAGCUGAAGAAGCUGGAGUUGCUCAGACAGAAUGCUGUUCGUGUCCCACGGGACUUUGAAGGUUGCAGUGUCCUCCGAAAGUACCUUGGUCAGCUCCACUACCUGCAGAGCCGGGUGCCAAUGGGCUCAGGCCAAGAGGCUGCUGUCCCUGUCACCUGGACUGAGAUCUUCUCAGGCAAGUCUGUGGCCCAUGAAGACAUCAAGUAUGAGCAGGCCUGUAUCCUCUACAACCUUGGAGCAUUACACUCCAUGUUGGGAGCCAUGGAUAAGCGGGUGUCUGAGGAGGGCAUGAAGGUCUCCUGCACACACUUCCAGUGUGCAGCAGGUGCCUUUGCCUAUCUGCGUGAGCACUUCCCACAAGCCUACAGCGUUGACAUGAGUCGCCAGAUCCUCACUCUCAACGUCAACCUCAUGCUGGGCCAAGCUCAGGAAUGCUUGCUGGAGAAGUCAAUGUUGGACAACAGGAAAAGUUUUCUGGUGGCCCGUAUUAGUGCACAGGUGGUAGAUUACUACAAGGAGGCUUGCCGAGCCUUGGAAAACCCUGAUACUGCCUCACUGCUGGGCCGGAUCCAGAAGGACUGGAAGAAGCUGGUACAGAUGAAGAUCUACUACUUCGCAGCCGUGGCUCAUCUGCACAUGGGGAAGCAAGCCGAGGAGCAGCAGAAGUUUGGGGAGCAAGUGGCCUACUUCCAGAGUGCCCUGGACAAGCUGAAUGAAGCCAUCAAGUUAGCUAAGGGCCAGCCUGACACUGUGCAAGAUGCCCUUCGCUUCGCUAUGGAUGUCAUUGGGGGAAAGUACAAUUCUGCCAAGAAGGACAAUGACUUCAUUUACCAUGAGGCUGUCCCAGCACUGGAUACCCUUCAGCCUGUGAAAGGAGCCCCUUUGGUCAAGCCCUUGCCAGUGAACCCCACAGACCCAGCUGUUACAGGUCCUGACAUCUUUGCCAAACUGGUACCCAUGGCUGCUCACGAGGCCUCAUCACUAUACAGUGAGGAGAAGGCCAAGCUGCUUCGGGAAAUGAUGGCCAAGAUUGAGGACAAGAAUGAAGUGCUGGACCAGUUCAUGGAUUCAAUGCAGUUGGAUCCUGAGACCGUGGAUAACCUGGAUGCGUACAACCACAUCCCGCCUCAGCUCAUGGAGAAGUGUGCUGCACUCAGUGUCCGGCCUGACACUGUCAAGAACCUCGUCCAGUCCAUGCAAGUGCUGUCAGGCGUGUUCACGGACGUGGAAGCUUCCCUGAAGGACAUCAGGGACCUGCUGGAGGAGGAGGAGCUGCAAGAACAAAACCUUCAGGAGACAUUGGGUCAGGCUGCGGCCGGUCCUACUGUGGCCAAGGCUGAGCUAGCAGAGGUGAAGCGAGAGUGGGCCAAAUACAUGGAAGUCCAUGAAAAGGCUUCUUUCACCAACAGCGAACUGCACCGUGCUAUGAAUCUGCACAUUGGCAACUUGCGCCUACUCAGUGGACCUCUGGAUCAGGUGCGAGCUGCCCUUCCCACACCGGCUCUGACUCCAGAGGACAGGGCUGUGCUGCAGAACCUGAAGCGCAUCCUGGCCAAAGUUCAGGAGAUGCGGGACCAGCGUGUGUCUUUGGAGCAGCAGCUGCGAGAGCUGAUCCAGAAGGACGACAUCACUGCCUCCCUGGUCACCACCGACCACUCUGAGAUGAAGAAACUAUUUGAGGAGCAGCUGAAGAAGUACGAUCAGCUGAGGGUAUACCUGGAACAGAAUUUGGCUGCCCAGGACAAUGUCCUCCGUGCCCUGACUGAGGCCAACGUGCAGUAUGCAGCUGUGCGGCGGGUGCUCAGUGAACUGGACCAAAAGUGGAACUCCACACUGCAGACCUUGGUGGCUUCAUAUGAAGCCUACGAAGACCUGAUGAAGAAGUCCCAGGAAGGCAAGGACUUCUAUGCAGACCUGGAGAGCAAAGUGGCCACCCUGCUGGAACGGGCACAGUCCAUCUGCCGAGGCCAAGAGGCAGCCCGCCAGCAGCUCCUGGACAGGGAGCUGAAGAAGAGGCCCCCACCACGGCCCACAGCCCCAAAGCCGCUGUUGGCCCGCAGGGAGGAGGGGGAAGCUGUAGAGAUGGGAGAGCCACCCGAGGAGCUGCGCAGCCUGCCGCCUGACAUGGUGGGGGGCCCACGGCUGCCUGACCCAUUCCUAGGAACCUCUUCCCAACUCCACUUUCCCCCUGGCACUUUCCCUAGUUCCUCAGGCCCAGCCCCCCAGUACCUCUCAGGACCCUUACCCCCUGGCACCUACUCAGGCCCCACCCAGCUGGUGCAGCCCAGGGCUACAGUGCCCAUGGCCCCUGGGCCUGCCGUCUACCCAGCCCCUGUCUAUACACCAGAGUUGGGCCUUGUACCCCGAUCCUCUCCCCAGCACGGAGUGGUGAACAGUCCCUAUGGGGGAGUAGGGCCGCCCACACCAGUUGUAGGUCUGCCUUCGGCCCCGCCUCCCCAGUUCUCAGGCCCCGAGUUGGCUGUGGUAGUUCGGCCAGCUACCACCACUGUGGAUAGUAUCCAGGCCCCCAUCUCAAGCCACACAGCUCCACGGCCAAGCCCUAGCCCUGCUCCUCCCCAGCCCUGCUUCUCAGUGCCCCCACCUGCGCCCCUGCCGCAGCCUGUGCCUGCCCCCUACACCUAUUCCAUAGGGAACAGGCAACACCUUCCAGGCCCUCCACCACAGCACCACUUUCCUCCUGGGAUCUCCACAGGUUUCCCAGCUCCUAGACUUGGGCCCCAACCCCACCCCCACCCUUCUCGGGCAGCAUUUGGGCCACAGCCCCCCCAGCAGCCCCUUCCGUUCCAGCAUCCACACCUCUUCCCUUCCCAGGCCCCAGGAAUCCUACCCCCACCCCCACCCCCGUAUCCCUUCCCCCCUCAGCCUGGUGUCUUGGGGCAGCCACCACCACCCCUGCACACCCCACUUUACCCAGGCCCAUCUCAAGACCCUGUGCCCCCUCACUCAGGGGCUCUGCCAUUCCCCAGCCCGGGGCCCCCUCCCCCUCCCCAUCCCCCUCUAGCAUAUGGUCCUGCCCCUACUCCCAGGCCCCUGGUGUCCCAGGCAGCCCCCGUCUCCAUUCGAGGACCCCCAUCUGCUGCCCAGCCCACUCCUAGCCCCCACCUUGUGCCUUCACCUGCCCCAUCACCAGGGCCUGGCUCUGGCCCUGGCCCAGUACCUUCUCGGCCCCCAGCAGCAGAGCCCCCAUCAUGCUUGCGCCGUGGUGCUGCAGCUGCAGACCUGUUGUCCUCUAGCCCUGAGAGCCAGCAUGGUGGCACUCAGCCUCCUGGGGGCGGGCAGCCCCUGCUGCAGCCUACCAAAGUGGAUGCAGGUGAGGGCCGUAGGCCACAGGCCCUGCGGCUGAUUGAACGGGAUCCCUAUGAGCGUCCUGAGAGGUUGCGGCAGUUGCAACAGGAGCUGGAGACCUUUCGGGGCCAGCUGGGAGACGCAGGGGCACUGGAUACUGUCUGGCGCGAGUUACAAGAGGCCCAGGAACAGGAUGCCCGAGGCCGGUCCAUUGCCAUUGCUCGCUGCUACUCACUUAAGAACAGGCACCAGGAUGUCAUGCCCUACGACAGUAACCGAGUGGUGCUGCGCUCAGGCAAGGAUGACUACAUCAAUGCCAGCUGUGUGGAGGGGCUGUCACCGUACUGCCCACCUUUAGUGGCCACCCAAGCCCCCCUACCUGGCACAGCUGCUGAUUUCUGGCUCAUGGUGUAUGAGCAGAAAGUCUCAGUCAUCGUCAUGUUGGUGUCUGAGGCUGAGGUGGAGAAGCAAAAGGUGGCACGCUACUUCCCCACUGAGCGGGGCCAGCCUAUGGUGCAUGGAGCCCUGAGCCUGGCGCUGAGCAGCGUCCGCACCACCGAGACGCAUGUGGAGCGUGUGUUGAGCCUGCAGUUCCGGGACCAGAGCCUCAAGCGCUCUCUUGUGCACCUCCAUUUUCCUACUUGGCCUGAGUUAGGCCUGCCUGACAGUCCUGGCAACCUGCUACGCUUCAUCCAGGAGGUGCAUGCGCAUUACCUGCACCAGCGACCCCUGCACACGCCUAUUGUUGUGCACUGCAGCUCUGGUGUCGGCCGCACGGGAGCCUUUGCAUUGCUGUACGCAGCCGUGCAGGAGGUGGAGGCUGGGAACGGUAUCCCUGAACUGCCUCAGCUGGUGCGGUGCAUGCGGCAGCAGAGAAAACACAUGCUACAAGAGAAACUGCACCUCAGGUUCUGCCACGAGGCGUUAGUGAGGCACGUGGAGCAGGUCCUGCAGCGCCAUGGCAUGCCCCUGCCAGGCAAACCUUUAGCCAGCACAAGCAUCAACCAGAAGAAUCACCUUCCUCAGGACUCCCAGGACCUGGUCCUUGGCGGGGAUGUGCCUAUCAGCUCCAUCCAAGCUACCAUUGCCAAGCUCAGCAUCCGGCCUCCUGGGGGCUUGGAUUCCCCAGCUGCCAGCCUGCCAGGCCCUGCAGAACCCACGGGCCUCCCACCAGCCAACCUUCCAGAGCCUACUCCUGACCUGUCCUCCCCUCCUCCCCUCUCUCCACCUCUGCCUGAGGCUCCUCAGCCUGAGGAAGAGCCACCAGUGCCUGAAGCCCCCAGCUUAGGGCCCCCAUCCUCAUCCUUGGAGCUGCUGGCCUCCCUGACCCCAGAGGCCUUUUCACUGGACAGCUCCUUGCGGGGAAAACAGCGGAUGAGCAAGCAGAACUUUCUGCAGGCCCAUAAUGGGCAGGGUCUGAUGGCUGCCCAGCCCACCGAUGACCCCCUCAGCCUUCUGGAUCCACUGUGGACACUUAACAAGAGCUGAGCAGGCAAAGCCUGCUCAAUCCUUACACUACACGCUCUCUCCCAUUCCUGCUGUCUCCAGCCUGGUUUGGCCAGGUGGUUCUUCAUGGGACCUGAUAUUUUCAGCUCUUGGCUAUUGAAAAUAAACUCGUUCUGUGGCCAGUG